AAGUAUCUCUGCUGCAUUUUAGCUGUAUUGCAGAAAAGAAACCCAAAGGUCGAACCACAAUGAAGAGCACGAUGGUGAUGCCGUUGCUGUGCUUAGUCUUCCUGCUUCAUGUCGGGUUGGGUUACGUUCCAGAUAGAAAGGGAGCGACUGGAAAGGAGAGAAAGGUGCAGUAUGCUUCCUGGGAUGAUGUCAAUGUCAUCGCCCAUGGGCUCCUGCAGCUCGGACAUGGGCUGAAGGAGCAUGUGGACAAGACGAAGGGCCAGAUCAGAGACAUCUCUAGCAAGCUUAAGAUCUUCAACAGCACGGUGACCGAGCUUGGCAAGCAGACCCAAAGCCUGAAGGAAGACGGCGAGGUGCUGAAACUAAAGGCACAGCAACUUCAGGUGCAAGAAAGUCAGGUGCUCAACAUCUCCAGCGAGCUGUGGGAGAAGACGGAGGAGCUGCAGAAAGAGCGACUGCAAGUCCAUGAGAGAAUCGGCAAGCUGGAGCAGAAAGUGUACGGCAUACUUCACGGAGAUAUAAGCAACGGCAGUGACUCGAGGCUCAUCCAGUUGAUGCUGGAAGCGCAGAACCGGCGUAUUGACGAUCUGAUAGGGGAAAUCCGGCAACAGCAAGAGAGGCUGGAGAAGCAGAACGUGCGCAUUAAAAACCUGCAGAGCCAGAUCAAGCAGAGGAAGGAGCGAUCUUAUCUGCGGCGCGAGGAAAGCGCGCUUAACGGCAGCAGCCUGCAGAGCGAUUCGCCCACCGAAGCAGCUACAGAUUGUCACAAGCUGUUUCGGAGUGGCAAACGGACCAGUGGUGUGUACACCAUUCAGCCUCUGAACAGCCAGCCAUUCGACGUCUUCUGUGAAAUGACCGCCGAAGGUGGAUGGACGGUCAUGCAAAGGCGUCAUGAUGGCUCACUGGAUUUCGACCGGCUGUGGCAGGCCUAUGAGGAGGGCUUUGGAAGUCCCAGCGGUGACUUUUGGCUGGGACUUCAGAAGAUGCAUGCCCUCUCUGUGCAAGGGGAAUAUGUUAUGCAGGUGGAGCUGUCCAACUGGAAAGAUGAGACUGAGUCUGUCAAGUAUCUGUUCAGCCUUGGUGGUGAGCAAAGCGACUACGCCCUUCACCUGAAAGACAUCUCACCUGGAAGCCUGGCCAGUGCCCUGGCCAGUGCUCCCUCUGGUUUGCCCUUCUCCACCCGAGACAGAGACAAUGACCAAAGGACAGACAUCAACUGCGCUAAGCAUCUUUCUGGUGGCUGGUGGUUCAGCAACUGUGGAAGGUCCAAUCUCAAUGGGAAGUACUUUAACAAGCCGCUGCCCAAACAAAGGCACCAGAGGAAGCAGGCGGUGUUCUGGAAGACCCAGCGGGGACGCUACUAUGCUUGGAAGACCACAGCUAUGAAGAUCGCACCCAUUGAGAUUGAGAACCAAUCUUAGAUUAACUUUGGAAAGAUCACUGCCAGGAAGAGGAGGGAUAGAGAAAAACUGACUUUACACUGCAAAGUCAUAAUUACAGCUUUAAAGAAUAAUGCAGCCUAGCAGAAUCCACCAGAGUCUGGCUCUCACAUGGCGGCGAAGAUGACGGACCAACAUGCUCAAGUGAUCAGACUGUGGCUUAGAGAAGCAGGAACCAAAGACCUGCACCAUUAUAAACGGGGAAGAGAAGCUUUCAGUUUGACAGAGUACAUUUUUCAGAAUCACUCACUGGAAGAAGUGGUGCUACUUUCACUGUACAUUUAUGAAUUUUCUAAACUAACUAGCAUGUAGAGAACCAAAGCGCUUGAGCACGCAUUUCUGAAAAUAUUGGUUCAAGCAAAGUAGGGUAUUACUUUGAAUGAAAAGUAAUAAUUUAAAGUAUGACCUUGGGGUACUUACCUCAUUUAGCACUCUUCACAUACCAAACUUAAGUGCUUUAAAAAAAAAACACAUUGUAUCAUUUUAAAUUUGUCACAACAAAAUGCCAAACUGUGUUUAUAGAAUGUGCAAUCGUUUAAGACUUUUCUAUAAUUUAGUAAUACUGUAAAAUCUGCAGUUUGAAAAGAACUUGUUCCUGAAUGAGAGUCUUCAGAGCUCAAACGUAAAUGUACAAAUGUGGUCAUGGAUCAGUGCGAGUUCCUCACUGUCUGUGGCAAUUUUCCCAGUCAUAUUGACUGCAUUGUGUUGUCCUUGUGGGCCCUACAUCCUGUGUAUAUGAAAUUAAUGUAACUGUUCACUGUAUAUUCUAUUUUUUACAAAGGACCAGUACAUAUCCAGAUGUUAAUUUAUGUAAAAAAAUGUAUAUAUGCUUGUAAUAUCUUCAGUAAUUUAUAUUGAUUUUUCAAAAAUAAAAUGUGAUGUUUUCAAAGUGAGCAAAUA